AUGGCCAAGUGUGAUUCUGCGAUGAACAGAGUGAGCGCUCUGGAACUGAAUAAACUAGGGACUGUAAAUGACAUUUACCCAAGUAAUAGAGUGACCCUGGAAGCUUCUCUAGGGACAUUUAACACAUUUGCUGAUGUCCCUGAAGAACAGGUUGAGGGAAGAGGAAACAAUAAAAUGACAAUAUCUACUCCAUAUUUACAAGUUCUAAAUCACAUCCUUCAGCACGUUACUUACACCAGCACAGUGUUUGAUAUUGAUGCUAUAGACAUAGUGAAGUUUAAGAUGGGAAACUCCAAAGCUUCAUUUCCUGUGAUGAUUAAACAGCCACCAAUGCCAUUUGUAUUUGACUCUGGACCAGAUCAGAAGAUAAGUUCAUUGGUCACCAUUACUACCAAAACAUUUUUGCGCUACAACAAAGUGCGAAUUUUAAUUAAAAGUAUUCGUGAGUUUUAUCCGAACAUCACAAUCAUUGUCGCUGAUGAUAAUGAAAACACAGAGAAGAUCGAAGAGCCGAAUGUUGAACAGUAUUUCAUGCCAUAUGCAAAGGGAUGGUUCGCUGGUAGAAACCUGGCAGUGUCUCAAGUCACUACAAAAUAUUUCCUGUGGGUUGAUGAUGACUUCUUAUUCACAAAAGAUACAAAAAUUGAAAAAUUAGUACAGGUCCUAGAGGAAACAGACUUGGACUUGGUUGGGGGAAGUGUCAAUGGCAAUGAUUUCAAGUUCAGAAUCGUUUACCAAGAAGGAGAUGAAGAGGGUGGUUGCCUUCAUAAAAAACACGGUUCCUACCACAAGUUGGAAGGUUUCCCGAAUUGCGUGAUAGCAAGUGGAGUAGUGAACUUCUUCAUGGCUCAUGCGCGCCGUGUGCUGGCAGCUGGAUUUGACCCAAAAUUACAGAGGGUGGCUCACACAGAGUUUUUCAUAGACGCAUUCGGAAGCCUAAGAGUUGGUUCCUGCAGCGACGUAGUAGCUGGUCACCAACAACGCACUCCAGCACAAACGGACAAUGAGAAAAAAUAUGAUAGGUUUCGACAAAAUACUCGUGAACUAAUUUACUUUAAACUGAAUUUGCUUUAUUUUAAGAAUAAUCUGAAGUGCUAUACUCAGUAAAUGAUUUUCCCAA